AAUCGUAUUAAUAUCUAUUGGAAAGGACUGUCCUAUGAAUUAGUAGACAACAACAAACAAAAAGCAAACAAAUUUAUAAUCAAUGAUCUGAACGGCCAGUUAUCCAGUGGACAGUUGACUGGUAUAUUGGGACCAUCGGGUGCCGGGAAAUCAACAUUUAUUGAAUGUCUAUUAGGAAAACGUAGGACAGGCCUAUCGGGUCGGGUAUGGGCUAAACAUAGUAGCAAUAAGAAAGUCAAACUGAGGAUAGCCUACAACGCACAGAACGAUUCACUGGUCAAUGAGCUGACAGUAGACGAAGCGCUUAGGUAUGCCUUGCAAUUGGCCGGUAAUGCAAUCAGUAAUAAACGGUACGAUUUGUUUCAUACCGGUGCUGCUGCCGUACAAAUGGUUAGCCAUGGUUUAGGUAGUAGUAGUAGUGAUACUAAUAAUAAUGUAAAAGAGGAACCGUUAGAUCGUAAAUAUAAUAUCAAUGAUUAUAUUGACGAUCAGGAAGUCAUUGAUAAUAAUAAUACUAAACGAGAAACUAUUGCAAUGUUAAGACACAGUAGUAGUAGUAGUAGUAGUGAUGAUAAAACAAUAGACAAACCGUUAGCCUCCCAGAGCUUAUCAACAACAAUAACACCGCCGCAACUAUCCGAUGAUGAUCUAUAUGUUCAACAAUUGUUGAAAGCCAUAGGACUGGUUGGCUGUUCGCAUGUUAGGACCGGCAGUAUUAGUGGCGGUCAGAAAAAACGACUGUCCAUUGCCUUGGAAUUGAUAUUUUCACCAAAUAUCUUACUAUUGGACGAACCGACUACCGGUUUGGACUCUCGUUCCUCCUAUCAGUGUCUGUCACUAUUGAAAACUUUGUCAUCGAAUCGGGAACCGUUGAUAAUCGGUGCGUCCAUACAUCAGCCGACCGCCAGAUUGUUAGGUUUUUUCGACAACAUAUAUGUACUAUCGGUUGGCGGCCAAUGUGUCUAUAGUGGACCCACUCAGACACUGGUUGAACAUUUGUCGGCAUUUGGUCUCAAUUGUCCCGUAUUUCAUAAUCCGGCCGAUUAUGUCAUAGAGAUGGCCAGUGGUGGACAUGGAUCUGAUCCAAUUGAAACGUUGGUCGCCUACGAACGGCAAAAGUCACGCGCGUUGCUAAACACGCAUACAAUUGCCAAACACGAGCUAAUUGUCGACCAGUCGAGUAGUAGUAGUCAUCGUCGGGGAAACAGUAGUCGUAAUGCUAUGGUCAACAAUCGGGCUCAGAGAUGCCAGCGCACAGUAUGGCGUCAAGUGAUGGACACUUGGAUACUAACUCGACGGUCGGCACUCGUAGCCCGCCGUUCGGCACUGGUAGUCUGGCUACGGUUGGUCGCACUGGUAAUGGUAUUAAUAACACGUAAGGCAGCCCUACUGGAGGUAAACAGUACCGAUCAGCCGGAUAUUGAAUGUAUGAGCCUAUGGACGGCUGCCAAACUAGUUGCCACAGUUGACCGCGAUCAUAUUACCCUGAAUGUUGGCCUAAAAUUUGUUAUAUACCUGACCAAUAUAGCAGCCGGUCUACUAUUUGCCCAUUUGAUUGGUGUAUUUCCCACGUUGUUUACACUGGCACUGGAACUUAAUACUAUGAUCAAGGAACAUUUUAACAAUUGGUAUUCAUUCAAGUCGUACUACAUAAGCAAAACAUUGGUAGACCUACCGAUUAUCAUACUGUUUACAGUUGUCUACAGUAUUAUCGAAGUGGUCAUCAUUGCCGACCGGGAUUGGGAUCUAUGGUAUCUGUGCUCAGUUACCUCUAUAUUUCUGGUUAUUGCUAACGUAUCGCACAGUUUGGGCAUAUUUCUAUCGAGUCUAUUCAUUAAUAAUGUUAUGCCCGGUUUGGUUAUUUUUUCCGUGAUAUUUGCCGGCAAUUUUAUGUUUAGCGGCUGUAUUAUAUUGAUUAGACAAAUGCCCGUCUAUUUCCAAUGGUUUUCCUAUUUAUCAAUAUUUAGGUUGGGUGGCGAAGCACUACUACUACAAGGUUUCAAUAUUAAGCCUUGUCCUAAUUCAGCUGACUAUCCCAUAUCGAUGGAACAGUUAGGCUGCCAAAUGGGUGUCGACAUGUCUAUUGUUAACGAUUGUAUGGAUUGGGCUGAUUCUACAGCCAAUAUGACACAGUUUGGUUUGGAUACGUUCAAUAGAUUUCAUAGUGUCAGUACCCUGGACAAAAUUAUUAGUGUAGUCAAAUUGGAGCCGCAUGAUCUGUAUAUAAAUUGUACCUUGCUAACUAUUUAUUCAAUACUGUUAAGAAAUUAG